AUGUCAAGUGGUGGGACCGAUGUACAAGCGCAGCAGGAACUGCCGAAAGUUAAGAGUCGAGUGGACGUCCAGGUGGGGCUGGUAGGAGAUGCCCAAGUGGGCAAGACAUCUCUGAUCGUGAAAUAUGUUCAAAACGUAUUCGAUGAAGAGUACACUCAGACUUUAGGGGUGAAUUUUUUGAAGAGAAAAGUGAGCAUACGUUCUACAGAUAUAGUAUUCUCGAUAAUGGAUCUGGGAGGGCAGAGGGAAUUCAUUAAUAUGCUGCCAAUUGCAUCGUUGGGGUCGUCAGCAAUAGUGUUCCUUUUUGAUCUGACGAGGCCAGAGACGUUGAGUUCCAUUAAGGAGUGGUAUCGACAAGCACAUGGACUGAACGAGACGGCGGUGCCGUUGCUUGUCGGUACGAAGUACGAUCUAUUCGUUGAUUUGGACCCCGAAUACCAGGAGCAAUUAUCAAGGACAAGUAUGGAGUACGCCCAGGUGAUGGAUGCGCCGUUGGUGUUCUGCUCGACGGCUAAGUCUGUCAACGUGCAGAAGAUCUUUAAGAUCGCAUUGGCGAAAAUCUUCAAUUUAACGCUUACGAUACCGGAAAUCAACGAAAUUGGGGACCCGCUGCUGAUCUAUAAAAGUUUGGGGAAUCACAGGGCUCGUGGUGAAGAAAUAAGCCGAAGACCGUCACCGUCGGCUCGGACAUCAUUUUCGUAA